AUGACCGCCCGAAUACCCCCGCCGCGCCUGGCACGCCCAGCCCUCGCCGUCCUGCGUCCUCGCCCUCGCCCCCGCCCCCAGUGGCUCCCCUGCAUCGCCCACCGCAAUGCCUCGUCGCCUGGCCGCAGCAAUGCCUAUGACGACCUCUCCAAUCCCAUCCUCGAAGAAUAUCUGCAGAAGAAGGAGCGCGAAUCAGCCCCGCGAGACGGCAACACCCGGCCAGUGCGGCCUACCCCUCGCCUUGGAGGCCUCCCCACCCACCCCUCUUCGCUCUUCCUCCCCGAACGCGAGAUCCCCGGAUGGCGCGACGACCUGAGUGCCGCCGAAAAAGAGAAGUUGCAGGCGCGGUACAGGCGCCGCCAGGAACAGGCCGCCGAGCAGCAAGACCGCCAGCUCAUGAACAUGACGCUCGACCCCGACCAAAACGCCCGCAAGCGCCUCGAACGCAAGCUCGUCAUCUCGGGUGUCAAGCGCCACGGCCGCACGACCAAGGCGGAAAAGCUGCUCCGCACCGAGCGCCAAUCGCUCUUCAAGUCGCACUUUCUGCCCACAUCGACCAAGAAGCUGCAAAAGGUAGUCAACCAGAUCGCCGGCAAGACGGUCUCAGAGGCCCUGGUCCAGCUCCGCUUCUCCAAGAAGAAGAUUGCCCGCGACGUAAUCAAGGGUCUGGAAAUUGCCCAAAAUCAAGCCAUUCUAGCCCGUGGAAUGGGCCUGGCCGGCGAGUCAGCCGCUGUCUCGCGCUGGAAUAAGCAACGAGAGGCGACGGAUGCGGGGAAGCCGAAGGACACCUGGGACUACAAGACAUCGACCGACGCCUCUGACGCAGCCCCCAAGAAGCCAAAGGUGCCCUUUUUCAAGGACACGGAGAUUGAGCUCAAGGACGGCCGCAAAAAGCUCGUCCGCGACCCCAGCGAGAUCUACAUUGACCAGGCAUGGGUCGGUCCCGGCGAGAGCUGGAAGUCGCCAGAGUUCAGGGCUAGAGGCGCCAUUAACAUGCUGAAACACCGCACUACAAGCUUCUCCCUCCUCCUCAAAGAAGAAAAGACACGCAUGCGCAUCUCAGACGAAAUCAAGAAGAAGCGCGACAACCGCAAACUGUGGGUCGCUCUACCCGACCGACCCGUCACCUCGCAACGCCAGUUUUGCCUCUGGUAAGCCUGACACCAAUCUUUAACCACUUUUUUUUUUAGAUGUAUACAAUACAUCCGCCGACGCAAGCGAAAUCGGCGUGU